CACCCUGUCGCCGCCGCCUCUCAGUCCUCAUACAGCCGCAUUCCGAGCUCAAGCCAGUCGCUACACCGAGAAGCUCGACCUCUAGCUCCACCAACACCACCACCACCACCACUACUCCUACUCUUAUCUCACCUCCACCAUGGCCAACUACAUCCACGUCCCCGAGGAGGCCCCCGCGGUGCCCAAGAUAGACGUCACCCUGGACGAGAGCGACUACCGCUCCGGAGCCCUGCGGCUGAUCCAGGAGCUGCGGCCGAACUGGAAGCCGUCGGAGGUCCAGAUAAAGUUCUUCACCGACGGCAUCACCAACAAGCUGAUGGGCUGCUACGUGGGCGGGGUCAUGAAGGACGUGGUGCUGGUGCGUAUCUACGGCAACAAGACGGAGCUGCUGGUUGACCGGGAGAACGAGGUGAAGAGCUUCCGAGUGCUACAGGCCAACCGCUGCGCGCCGCGCCUCUACUGCACCUUCAACAACGGCCUGUGCUACGAGUUCCUGCAGGGCACCGCCCUCGAGCCAGAACACAUCCGCACGCAGCCCGCCUUCAGGCUUAUUGCCAGACAGCUGGCCAAGUACCACGCCAUCCACGCCCACAACGGCUGGCAGCCGCAGUCUGACCUGUGGCUGAAGCUGGGCAGCUACUUCUCCCUGGUGCCCUCCCACUUCCAGGACCCCGAGAAGAACCGGAGGCUCAGCGUGGAAGUGCCCAGUUCCAAGCAGCUUCGCCAUGAGCUGGUGUGGCUUCAGCAGAGCCUGUCGGUGCUGGGCUCCCCGGUGGUGCUGUGCCACAACGACCUUCUCUGUAAAAACAUCAUUUACCAACAGGAGCCAGACAGCGUAAAGUUCAUUGACUACGAGUAUGCCGGGUACAAUUACCAAGCGUACGACAUUGGAAACCACUUCAACGAGUUUGCCGGCCUGAAUGAGGUGGACUAUAGCCACUACCCGGACAAGAGCCUACAGCAGGAGUGGCUGCGGGCCUACCUGGAGGCCUACAAGGAGCACAAAGGCCAGGGCGGCCCGGUGACCGACAGAGAGGUGGAGGUGCUCUACGUCCAGGUCAACCGCUUCACCCUGGCAUCUCACUAUUUCUGGGGUCUGUGGGCUCUCAUUCAGGCCAGUUUUUCAACCAUCGACUUCGACUUUUUGGGGUACGCCGUGCUGCGCUUCGACCAGUACUACAAGAUGAAACCAGAAGCCAUGGCCCUCCAGUUCCCAGAAUAGAAACCUACCGCUGGACUCCGCCCCCUCAUCCGACAUUACUCCUCCUUCUACUCCUCCUCCUCCUCCACCCUCUGUCCAUCUCUGGCUCUGGUUCGCAUCGUGGCUCCAGUCUGCCCCCUAGUGGUGGUUAGAUAGAAAGGCGGUCAGCGCGGCUGUAGAGCUGUAGGCUCCCCUCAGCCGCGGCCAAGGGUUCCUGUCUGCGAGGACCGGUCUGACUGGAACCCAGUGUGACGGGGGUCUCCACCGCGCUACGUCCACACCCGGCUCAGUCUGUCUCGCCCAUGAUCCGCUCAUGAUCCGCCCCCCCCCCCCCCCGACUUACCGACUGAUGACCAAACAAGUUACCAUGGAGACCGUCGCACUUCACUUCGUUUGUCUGUGAAGUGGAGCCCCGCCCCAAAACAGAACGCCACAGGGAUGGGGGUGGGGGGGUGGGGUGGGGGGGGGAAGCGCACUUCCAUGCCACUUCCUGUCCCUCGACGUUGAAGGGAAAGAAAAAAAAUAACAUGAAAGAUGUAAAAGCACUUGCUCUCUCUCUCUCUCUCUCUCGUUCCCCCUCGCUGCCCUCUCCUCCCGCUCUUGAGAUGCAAUACUUUUUCCUAAGUCGUAGUUUGGUGGCGGUUCCGAUGAGGAAACCGGGAUUUCGACACCAAAGUUCUCCCCCCCCCCCCCCCCCCCCAAAAAAAAGCAGGUGUUUGUUUACUCCCCCGAUCCCUUCUCGACGAAUCAGAACAGACCCCCCGACUCGUGUCCGCGCUGACACUGGUUGUGGGGGUGGUGCCGCGUGCGGGAGGGAGGGGGGUGGGGGUUGUCAUGGAAACCUAUCGGGAGCACUGAAACCGUAGCGUGUCAUUGGCGUGUGGGGGGUUUCCUGUCUCACCAUCAUUCCCCCCCCUCCCCCACCCAAGACACAAGAAAUGUCAGGCCUCCCCUGACGACGCUCACACCUCCAUCUUGUUUGUCAGAUAGCUGCGUCUUCUCCUUUGUGUUAUCGUUUUUUUAUAAUCGUUGACCUACAAGGUCACCGCACUGGGCGACGAGAAGGUCACAGCGUGAACCCCAAAACAGAAGAGAACAGAGCAAGGCAUCCUGGGAACCCGGGAGGUAACGUGCAUCUAAAGAUUCUUCCGGAAGCUCCAGCCCAAGAUGGCCGACUUCUUCAACUUCCAGUACAAGAUACAUCAUAUUUAAGUAUUUGAAGACCAGCUGAAUUGUGAUACUUUAGUUUUUUUUAUAUUCUCUUUGCUGCUCAUCCUGUAGAAACAUGUUCCCAAUAACAUUAAGUCAAAUCCAGUGAAGAAAUCAAAAGAAAAUGCAACUUUCAGCAUAACAUGUGCAUCAUAGUGUGACUCACUUCAGCUUUGAGUUGUGUUUGACUGAGUUAAGCCGCAGCUCUGCUAUUAUGGGAUGGUCACGUUUAGCAAUAUUAGGGAAGUUUUCACCAAAGUGCUGAUACCUUUCAUUUUUGCUUGUACAUAAUGCACAUUGUAUUUUUCACUCCUAAGAAAGAAAUCCUUUCUUUGGUUUUUAUUUUGUUAGUGUUUUUUUUAUAAAAGAGUAGGCACGGUGGAUAGGGGGGUGAAUGACCUGAACGCACAUUUAUUGUGGUGAAAGUAAGAGAAAUUAAUGAAUAGAGGUAGCUCCACUUUGAAAGUCUUGAAUGUUGUUCCAGUCCAAAUAUGAGUAAAAACAUUUGAUUUGAAUCCCCACGGACCCCCGGUAGGUGGGUGGUUCCCUGGUCUUUGAAAGCAGGGGUACGUAUGUGUCUUGGGCUGCCAAUUCUGGGCUCUCAACACUGGAAAAUGUAGAAAUGGCCAGAAACAUGAGACCUCUGUCCCACCUUGCUCAAUAUCUGUUUCUAUGGUUCUGGGAGGUUUGUUUCAGGGCGAGGUCAAGUCAAUGUAAACUAGGGGUGGGAAUAAUAAUCGAUUCUUCGAUGCAUCGCGAUUCUCUCUAGAACGAUUCCGCCUCGAUGCAGAUAAAUUAAUAAUCGGAAUUAAAAAUAUAUAUAUAUAUUUGUUCGCCUGCUGCAACAUUCUGUUCGCCAGAGAGGGAUCAUUUUAGUAAUUUUAAAAUUAUUUAAUUUAUCUUCUGUGUAUUGGCCAAUCUGAUUUGUCUUGACACGAUUUCGAUUCAGCCUACGCAUGCACGCAAACUCACAGCCAGACACGAGAACUCCUUCUAAUUCAAGAGCAUCUUUUUCUUUAAUGACAUAGAAAAGAAAGAUUCGAAAGAAAAUAAAACUGAAACCUAUUUUUUACAUAGCGUACUUCCAUAUUGUGUUGUAAUGCAAGCUGCAUUGAUUAUUGCAUUGUUCAUAGAAAGUCAUAUUUGUGACAAAAGCCUUUUCUCUAAUAAAAUAUUAGAUAAGUUAAUUCAUCUGUUGAUGUCUUUAAUGAUCAUCACAAAAGUAGGAAGUGAUUAGCAAACUCUUGAGUAGCAAACUCAGAUGUAUAUAUAUAUUUUUGAAAAUCACGCAUGGAAAUGCGUGAUUUUCAUGCGUGAUGCGGAAAAAUUUGUUGCAUCAAGAUGCAUCGAUAAUCGUUUUAGAAUUGAAUCGUUGACCUCAUAAUCGGAAUCUAAUCGAAUCGUGAGGUGCCAAGAGAUUCCCACCCCUAAUGUAAAAGGUGUUUUGGGAGAUUGUUCUUUUGUGUUAAUGAUAAGACCUUUUCAAGGAGGUCCUACUUUACUGAAACAGAGUGUAUGUCUUCAUAUUUUAACUAGCCUAUGUUUCCAUGGCCCUUGAUUUUUUGUCUAAAUACAAAACCACUGUAAAUGUCUCCACGCUCCGAAUGUGUGUAUUUAACAUUGUAUAGUAAUGUGAUCUCUUCCCUGGCUACUGUAACAUAUGUACAGUAAGAACGACAUGUAAUACCUUGCUUGUGUCCAAUGUGAAUGAAUGUACAUAGAAGAUGCCUAUUAUGCCUAUGUUUUUCUUAAAUGUAUUAAAGUGAAUAGUUACAUGCGGUUUGACUGUGAAAUACAAUUGUAUCAUUUCAAUACUGUAGACAUACUUAAAAAGAAUAAAGUCUAUUUACUCUUA